AUGGAGAAUGAAGAAAUUGGUGAACAAGAAAUAGAUGAAGAUUUGGAUGAAGAAUUUGAUGAAGGCAUUAAGAUUUUACUUAUGGAAACUCAAACAUUAAUACAAGUGCUACAUCAGUCAGAGGGGGAUGAAGGACAUAUUGAGCGUCCGCUAACUCGACGACGAAUUACUACUGUUGGAUAUGAUUAUAUACAUCAGGCAUUGAACGAGGAUCCCGCAAUUUUCCGACAGGAUUGCAUUGGAGCUAUUGAUGGGACACAUAUUCCAGCAAUAGUGAGGGGAUGCGAUGUCAGCAACUAUCGUAAUCGACGUGGAAAUAUAUCCAAAAAUGUAUUGGCAUCUUGCAAUUUUGAUUUGGAAUUCAUGUAUGUCCUUAGAGGAUGGGAGGGUUCGGCUCAUGAUUCAAAAGUGUUAAGUGAUGCUCUAUCAAGGAGGAAUGGUAAACAUUUCUUAGUGGAUUGUGGAUUUGCCAACCGACGCCAAUUUUUAGCUCCAUUUCGAGGUGUGCGAUAUCAUCUCCAAGAUUUUGCAGGUCAUGGUCGUGAUCUUGAAAAUGAAAAUGAGUUGUUCAACCUUCGUCAUGCGUCCUUAAGGAAUGUGAUCGAGAGGAUAUUUGGUAUUUUUAAAUCGCGCUUCACAAUUUUUAAGUCAGCUCCUCCAUUUCUAUUUAACACACAAGCAGAGCUAGUGUUAGCAUGUGCAACAUUACACAACUUUCUUCGUAAGGAGUGUCGUUCCGAUGAAUUUCCUAUUGAGCCAACUGAUGAAUCUUCAUCAUCUUCAUCCUCACCAAUACCAGUUGAUGAAGAGGACAAUUUUGAGCAGAUUUAUCAAACCCAAGACCAACAAAGAGAGGAUGCUAAUACAUGGAGAGCUAGCAUAGCUUCAGCUAUGCUAUCUAGGUCAUAUGAGGAGAUGAAGCUCCAACAAAUGUUUAUUACGUCUUGA